CAGCAGCCUCGUCGUGCGGCCCUCCACCAGCGACGGCGCUGGUGGUGGAGGCGGUGGACGUAGCAGCGAUUACGAGCCCGGCGAGGUUCGCCACGAGCCUCCUCCCUACACUCGUUCGGAUCGUUACUCUGAUGACCCUGCUCUGAAUGUGCCCGCAAGAACAUGAAUCUUGAGGAACGCAUGUUGGUGUGAGUGCCGUCUUGGAUCAUGGUCUGGGGCAAUUGUUUUUUCAUAUUGUGGGUAUUGAUGGGAAAUGUAUAUGAUGCGUAAACUCGUGGGUUGCUGCAUCAAUGAAUAUGGGUUUCUAGGCCUCAUUUUGUUGUAUUGACUAUGGUUGUGGUUUUUGUCUGCUUUUUUAUGGGAUUGGUGAUUAUGGUGUCCGGUUCAUAUCAAAUAAGAUUUGUAUAGAAAUGCCAAUCAAAAAUGGAAGUUUGAGAGGGUCUUAAGAAUAUCUGGGCACAGGACAUGGUGCGAGCUUGCACAGAACUUAUCACCACUAAAAGUAUCAUUUUUGUUAUUCUGAAUUGCAAUUUUGCAACCAACAUUAAGGAUGCCGUACUGGAAAUGCUGCUGGAAGAUGGAAAGUUUGUUACAAUUGCCAGAUGGUGGGAAAUUCCGUUUGGUCAAGUGGUAAUGAAUUUACCAUGUUAGUAAAAUUAAGGACGGUGUUAUUUGCUGGGUAAUGUUGAGCUUUUCUAGUUUUCUCGGUUUCACUGGUUUAACUUGUGCUUGGGAAUUGUAUUGAUAAGUGGUUUGUUUGCGGUUUCAUUUCCAACUUUUCUUGUUUUUUGGGGUUUCAGUUGGAUGGUUAUAUAGUAACUAAUUCUCAGCAUUGCUGAAUUGGGUGUAGAGUGCAAGGACCUUCAGGAACUUCUUUUAGCAUGUCAAUUCUAGGUUCUGUAUUUUUUUUGUAGGAUUUUAUGAAUUAUAUUUGUUGGAAGGUGAACUGGUAAAUGGAGGCAACAAAUUAAUGGGAAUUACUUAUUUGGGUUGGACAUGCAUCAGUUGUUUCAUUCUUCGUACUGUAAUAUUCAGAAUGGUUAUGCAGCGGUUAGUAAACUCUGGGGUUUUGAUUUCUUUGAAAGAUGUGAAGAGGUCUCUGAAGAAAUAAACAUAUUGGGAGUGGAUAAAUUGUAGAGUUAUUUGGAGGCUUGAAGUUCGGUAUGGGUUCUUUUUGGGCAGUUCAUUUCCUGUGGCCGUGCACUUUGGUUUCACUGCUCUUUGUUGCAGGCAUGCUUCAACUGAAGGUUCUGGAACUACUUUGCACUGGGACUAUUGUUCUCUGUGCUGGUUUGUAUCAAAUAUUAGUUAGGUGUAUCUGCAUCUUCUUUAUCUGUAGGUUGCAGAUAUGGUUGAAAUUUUCUUCCUUAUCACCGAGAAGGCCAUACAUGGUUAUGGGUACACCAGAUUCAUGAUUAUGGGGGUUUUCAGAUAUGUAGGUUAAAGGCUUGUAAUGGUUAUGUGUUCAGCACUGUGAGGUUGAGUAAUCAUGGUCUGACAUGCUCAUUGCUGUAUUUACUGGUAUUAUGCGCCAAUUGUUUGAGAAGUAACCAGGGCAGUUAUCAUCUGAACUUCUUAUUAUCUUCCACAUUUAUAUGAUGUUUCUUUUUAACAACCACAAUGAAGAGUUCCCGAGUGAUGGUAACAGUCCUUACAAACUUUGAAAUGAUGGUAUUGAAGUUUCAGGGUCACAAGUGCCAAUUCCUCAGCUACUUAAAAUAUACUCCCAUUGUCUUUGUUUCUGUGCAAUUGGUAGUUACUUAUCUUACAAUUCACUACCUUUUCCAGGACAUAGAAUGCAUGCAGGUUCUGCUUCCCCUGUACACCGCAGGGAUGCAGAAAAUCGCUACAGCUCUGAGUAUAAUCAAUCAGGGGGUCCCCCCCGUGGGCGUGAUUUUGGCGGUGCACGUGAUUCUGGUAGAUAUCGAGACCGCUCACCGCAUUUUGCUCGAGGAAGAGGUGUUGGCAGGCCAUUUGGUAGAGGUUUAGAUGGGCCGGGGCUCGUUCCUGGGCCAUUCAGAGGUGAAGGGAGUAGAAAUAAUCCGAAUGUGCAGCAGAGAAUCGGAGACUGGAUUUGCCCAGAUCCUUUAUGUGGCAACCUGAACUUUGCAAGGCGAGAAUACUGUAACAACUGCAACAAGUCACGUCAUGGACAUGGGGGAAGUCCUCGAAGGGGUUAUUCUGGGCCACCACCUCCAAGUGCUCCUCAUAGACGCUUCCCUGGUCCUCCAAUUGAUCCUCCUCCCUUUGGAAGGAGCUUAACUGGUGGCUAUAGGUCUCCACCUGAUGGCUGGGCCAGAAAUGGCCCUCGAGAUUUUGGCCCUGGGCUGCCACCUCCAAAACACGAAGGCAGGUUUCCUGACCACCAGUUGCGAAGAGAUCGGUUGGAUUACUCUGAUAACUACAGAGGAAGAAGCAAGUUUGAUAGGCCAGUGCCUAUGGAUUGGGGUAACAGAGAUCGGGGAAGGGAUAGCUUCUUUAAUGAAAGGAAACCAUUUGACAGGCGACUGCCCUCUCCUCCACCACCACCGCAUCUACCUCCUCACCGUGGCCGAUGGGCACAUGAUGCUAGAGAGAGAAGCUGGUCCCCAUUAAGAGGUGGCCCACCACAAAAAGACUACAACAGGCCUCUGUACACGGGUCGGGGUCGGGGACGAGAGGAUCGUCGUGGCAUGGGGCGAGACCGAGUUGGAGAUGCAUAUUGACAAUGAGGCCACAGGGUGAUUUUUUUUUUUUUUUUUUUUUUUUUUCUGGUGUAAUGUUGUCUCUCAGUAGAUAUCCGUUUUGCAUGUAGAGUGUAAGGAAGAAUGCAUAUAGCUUGCUUAGCACUAGUUUGAAAUCAGGUGGGGUCGUUGCUGCUUCGGUUGUUAAAUCGAACUUGCACUUCUCCAUGGCUGAAGCAAUAGCCAAUUGUAGUGUAUAAUAUCCCGGAUUUGUCACGUUUUGAAGUCGAAUUAAAAUUUGCCAUGUGGUUGGUUGCCUCA